AAACUGUCAAAAUUGAUUACAAAAUCAAAACACAAACUGCAUGGGCGCAGUUUUCAUCAAAAUUCAUAUAAAUUUUACUUUUAUUCUAUAGUUAUUGCAAUCCUAACUAUUUCAUAAGUGCAUUAUCAACAUGUCCCUCGUCAACGUAAGUGGCAAGCUGGCGCGGAGCAUUCCUCGGUUCCUGUUUUCCGCAAACCAAACCCGGCAAGUGCACCGCUGGGUUGGACCAACCCUUCGGGAGCUGAAACACCGCCGGGAGAAGAUGGGCCCCGAAGCGGAACUGCCCCGAUCGUCGCACAGCGACUGGAACUACAAAGCGGAAAUUUUCGCCUUUGGGAAACGUCUAUCGGAACAGUUCGAAACCGGUGUUCUCCAGCAAGCCUUCACUCAUCGGUCAUUUAUCGCACAGGAAGAACGCAAACAGUUGGAUGUAGGCAUUGAGAAACCGGAAGUGGGACUCAAGGAUAACCGAGAGUUGAUGCAGCUGGGCGAGCGUUUGAUCGGAGAAUAUGUGGAAGCGUUCCUGUUGACAGCGCUUCCGAAACUUCCAACCGAAGGAAUCCGAUCCAUUGCUGCUGCAUUGACGUCCCAAGAAAAGUUGGCCAAUGUGUCCAAGCAUCUGGGAACGAAGGAUAUCAUUCUAUCGGCUGAGUUCCCAAUAACGGAACAAUUGCUGGCCGAGACUUUAAGCGCGGUGGUCGGUGCUCUUCACAAAUCUUCCGGCGACGAGCGGGCCUUCUUGUUUGUGAGGGAUUUCAUUUGCACCCAGCUGAACCAACAGGAUGUGAACGAUUACUGGCAGAUUGAGAACCCUCUGGAACUGCUCCAGGUGUACUGCAAGGAGAAGAAGCUUGGAGAACCGGAACCCCGUUCGAUUGGCCUUGUGGGAAAGAACACUCUGCUGGCCGCCCACCGGGUGGGGAUUUACUGUAAUAAGCAGUUUGUCGGAUCCGGUUAUGGAGAGGACAUCGACACGGCCAUUGACGAAGCAGCGCGGGAUUGUCUGAGGCAGUUGUUCGGCACCGAGCUGAAUAUGAAACCGAUCGAUUUUGGGUUGCAGCUGGCGGAUGUGGCGAAAAAUUUGAAACGGCAGGCAAGCAACCAGAAUAAUUAAACUAGUUUGGAUGUAGCAUUUGAUUCUGUAUAGUAUAAUAAAAUGGUUUAAGAAAUAUAACCUGAA